AUGAUCGCCUCUUCCUCUCGGAAUGUGCUGAAGAGCGCACGGCGGAACAUCCUGCGCGAAGCAGAGACCGCGGCAACCGUGCUCCCUCGUGCACGGGCACAAGACCUCGGUGGGCAGCGGCGGUACGCGUCGGAGCAAACACACGCACGCCCAAAAUGGAUGGACAAGUCUGAUCCUGGACGUUCCCAAAGGUUCGACUCUGGGGCCCGCCGAACACCGCUAGCGCGGUACAACAUGAUUCUCUCGGGGAUGCUGGAGAGGAGUCAAACGCUGGCGAUCGCGCGUACAGUAGGGGAAAUGAAGGGAGAAGAUAUCCAGCCAGACAGGAACACCUACCACGCUCUUUUACAAGCAUGCGUCCACCACAAACUUCCUGCAGAAACACGCGCUGUGUUCGAGGACAUGGUUGCGUCUGGCAUCCAGCCAGACUUGCACUCUUUCCACUUCCUACUCAAAUGUCAUCAGGACGACUCGUCCGCCAUCUUGAAGAUGAUGAAAGAAUGGAGUCUGAGUCCCAACGAGUACACAUACGAGAUUCUAAUCGAGGGAGCCAUCGCAAGUGGGAGCCUGGAGUCUGCUCUGCAAAUACUCGCCGAACUUGGACCCGCCGGCUUCUCCCCCACUAUCCAGUCGGCAAGUCUUGUCAUCACUUGCGCUGCUCAGCAGAAUCACGCUCGGUUGGCUCUCGACUUGGCGGAUAACUACGAGACGAAUGCCGUUCGGAGGUUAGAUGCGUCGGUGUGGGUAGAUGUGUUGACUGCGUGCGCAGAGUCCCUUUACCCGGAAGGUACUGUGCACGCAUGGCAAAAAGUCUGCAAAGAGUUACAUACCCUACCGGACGAAGGAUUAUGCCUGCUGGUUCUCCACGCCGCCGCUCGACACGGGCUGUCAGAACUUGCACUGGAGGUGCUCGAAACGCUCAAAGCCAGCCAGGUUCCCCUUGCUGAACACCACUUCGCUCCAGUGGUGGACGCCAUGUUCCAGCAGAAGCAGAUCAAGGAGGCGUUCCAAGUAUUCGACUUCAUGCGCAGGAACGGCGUCGAGCCUUUCUUUGAGGACAUCCCGAAGCCACUCAGUGAUCUCGACGGGGUGGACGAGGCUUGGGGCAAGCUCGAGGAGAUUCAUGAGGAGGGCAAGACGGUCGAUAUCGUCGCCUUCAACCUCGUCCUGCAAGCCACAGCUGGACUUCGGGACCUGCAGCGAACUAUCGGCAUUUACAAGGCAGCCUCGAAGGUCGGCGUCGUCCUCGACGUGCGCUCAUACAACAUCGUUUUCGCGGCGUGCGCGGCUACGCGCCAUCGCGGACUCGGCGACCGCAUCCUCGCGGACAUGAAGGCGGCCGGCGUCAAGCCUGAUACGCGCACGUACGUGGAACUCGUGCAGCUCUGUCUGACGCAGACGACGUACGAGGACGCGUUCUUCUACCUCGAGGAGAUGAAGGCGCUCGGGAUGAAGCCUCCCGCAUCAGUCUACGAAGGCAUCAUCCACAAACUUGUUUCCGUCGGCGACACACGAUACAAGCUCGCGCUGGAGGAGUUCCAGGAGUGCGGACACCAUAUGUCGAAGCUCCUCAGGUCCUUUAUCGAGUCGGAGGGACAAGGUGGACCGAGCGGACCGCAGGCGCCCCAACCUGCUGUGGAGCCGGUCGUGCUGUAG